UAUACAUAUCUCUCUUCAAUAUCCGAGAGCACUAUGUCUAACCCCAAAUCUUAUGCAGACUUUCCCAUUUUAGACCUUUCUCAGCCAUUGCAGGCAUCUUCUCUAUCCUCUCUCCAUAAGCCAAGCAAAGAUUGGGGGUUCUUCCACAUAAUCAACCAUGGAAUCUCCAAAGAUCUUUGCAGCCAGAUCAAGUCACUAUCCAAACACCUCUUCAGUCUCCCUUAUGAUACUAAACUUAGACUUGGUCCUUUCUCAUCUUUGAAAUCUUACACCCCUCAUUUCAUUGCCUCUCCAUUCUUUGAGAGCCUUCGAGUUAAUGGACCCAACUUUUAUGUUUCUGCUAAUAGUUCUACUGAAAUCCUCUUUGAAAAAAAGGACUCCAAAUUCAGUUUGAUAAUCCAAGAAUAUUGCAGUAAGAUGGAAGAAUUGUCUAAGAGAAUUCUAAAGAUUGUGUUGAUGGGGUUAGGGGAUGGCAUUGAGAAGAAGUUUUAUGAUUCUGAGUUCAACAAGUGCCAAGGUUACUUGAGGAUAAACAAUUACUCAGCCCCAGAAAUUACGGAACAUGAUCAAGUUGAGGGACUUGGCAUGCACACUGAUAUGAGUUGUAUUACUAUCUUACAUCAAGAUGAAAUUGGAGGGCUUCAAGUGAGGUCAAAUGAGGGAGAGUGGAUAGAUAUAUGUCCUUCUGAGGGAACCCUAGUGGUGAACAUAGGGGAUAUGUUGCAAGCUUGGAGCAAUGACAAACUAAGAUCCUCAGAACAUAGAGUGGUUUUGAAGCAUCAUCAUGUGAACCGGUUUUCUCUAGCAUUCUUUUGGUGCUUUGAGGAUGACAAGGUGGUUUUGGCACCAGAUGAAGUUGUUGGAGAAGGAAACAAGAGGAAGUACAAGCCAUUUGUGUGUUUGGACUAUUUGAAAUUUAGAGAGAACAAUGAAAGAGGGAGAUUUGAUAAGGUGGGUUUCACAGUCACUGAUUUUGCUGGGAUCAUGGCUCAGCUGUAAAUGCUGGCAAAAGUAGUUAAUAUCUAUUCUUCACACAAAAGAAAAGAAUGUCAUAUAUAGUAAGGUUAGGCGUUAAAAUGUAUCUUCCUUAUAGUAUGAUGAUGUUUGUUUAAUAUAUGGAAACUAAAUUGUUGUAUAAACAUUAUUUAUUAAUAUUGUUGGUAUAUAUAAUGCACCA